AUCUCUUAAAAUAUGAAACAAGAAACUGCAAUCUUUGGCUGGGUCAAACUACCUAUUAAAAAUUAAAUCCUUUUGUUUUCUGUAGUUUUAUCAAUCAGAAACCUUCCAUUUGUUGUCACAAGAAGCACAAAUUAUUUUUAAAAUCUUAACAAGAUGAAUAAACUUCAUAUAAAUACCACUUCACACCAACCUAAGUUCUGCACAAGAACUAUCACAAAUCCAUGAUUAAAGUCACAAUUCAUCAUUUUUUGUGAUUGUACUUUAAUAUACUAACACUCUUAACGCUCGUGCGAUGGCUAGGAAACGAAGGGCCAUUGAGGGACUUGGUGAAAAACCCCGCAAUGAUGUUAAUCAAGGGAAUGUGGCCUGGGACGAAAUGGUAAAGGAAACUGUUGUUGCAGCCGCACUUGGAGGAGCGCGGCGAGCACGAAAGAGAUUCGUGGGUGUUAGACAGAGGCCAUCAGGUAGAUGGGUAGCUGAAAUUAAAGAUACUAUACAAAAAAUAAGGGUGUGGUUAGGUACCUUUGACACAGCUGAAGAAGCAGCAAGGGCAUAUGAUGAAGCUGCUUGUUUACUUCGUGGAGCUAAUACUCGCACGAAUUUCUGGCCCUGUUCUUCAUCUUCUUCUUCUACUCCAGCUCUUCCUUCGAAAAUCACUAAUCUUCUUAUUAAUAGGCUCAAAGCUAGAAACAAUUCCUUAGCCGCUGCUGCUGCUGCGGCUUCUUCUUCUUCUUCUUCUUCUGAUGAACCCGUGGCCGAAAAUCAUGAUCAGGACAAACAGGGAGAAGAAUUCAGAGAAGAAGAAACUUAUUUUUCGGAUUUACAGUAUAUGGAGUAUCUGAAGGAUCCUGAAGAUCUGAUUACUGAUAACAACAUGAUCAGUAAUAUGAGUGCAAUUAACGUGAGCAAUGUCACAAACACCUUGGAGGCAUGCUUGACUGAAAACGAUUAUAGUGUAAUUCAGCCUGUGAAAAACGAUGAAAACUCAAUUGCUGGAGAGAUUAAUAAUAUUGUGGAAGAGGACGCAGAAGAAGAGGAAAACAAUACUGAUAUAGGAGAUGUAGUGGUAGAGCCAAUUGACUUCCAAUUUGUUGAUGAAAUUGGAUCAUCAUAUUACUAUUCACCAUUUGAGAUAGCUGAAGAGAUUAAUUCAUCAGAAACAAUUGAACAGGGGAUGAUUUAUGGAGACGAGUCAUCGAUGCUAACCGAAGCUAUGAGGAGGAUGAAUUACGAGAGGAAAUUCUCAGCAUCACUUUAUGCUUUCAACGGAAUUACAGAAUGCUUAAAGUUGAAGCUGAAAUCCGGAGGAAGAUCAGAGCAAUUAAGCAGAUUGAGGAAUGCAUGCAAAAGAAACCGUAACGAGGAGGAAGAGAAGAAAAUUCAUGAAGAAGGAGUUAAUGAGAAGAAAGAUAGUGAAUACAGUUCAGAAAGUUCAUCAGAAACUGGACGAUCUUCUACUUCACUGGAAACAGGAUCAUCUUCUUCCACGAUUUCAGAAGAAACUACUUACGAUAGUGAAUUGUCCCUAUGGAGCUCAAUUGAUCUACCACCAAUCUGCACCUUUUUUACUUAGAAAAACUUUCUUUUUCCCUGUUAUUUUCAGUACGUUGUUGUUAGAUCACGUAACUUUUGUUUUCACAGGGUGAAGAUGAACAUUACUCUGUGUUCUCGUUCAUUUUUUUCAAGAUCACUAUAUCUUGGUAUCGUCACCAAAGAAAACAACGCAAUCUAAAGCAAAAUCUAUAGGAUCACGUGUAUUCCAUAUUUACUUAAGUUAUCGAUGACGGAUGGUCAGUUCUUGUUCAUGGUCAUUGAGACCUAUGGCGAAAU